AUGGAAGAGGAUAUAACGAAGUGGCGCCCUGAUGUUGAGGAAAUCAGCAACAUCUCCAAGCAACUUCAACAGCUGAACAUUACUCGCAAAGGCGAUAAAUUGACCUCAGCGGAGAAACAAAGCCGACAAGUUUUGGAUGAAUUGGAUUAUCUCAGUGAGUGGUUCAGCGAUGCGCGCGAUCGCCUUAUGCAGGCUUCGGCACCAUCAGUGGAUCCGGAUUAUGUGAAGAAACAGCUCAAAAAUCAGAAGCAUAUGAACGAGGAUAUUGCAGUGAUGAAAGCACGUCUGCGAGAUGCAUCCGCUGAUGCACAGAAAAUUGCUCGAGCACUAGGCGAUGAAGCAAGCGGGCAGAAUUCAUUACUGGCAAGCAAAAUUGAGAAUGGACGAGCACUAUCGAUGGAUGUAGCGCAGUUGAGCGAAGAAAGAUUGGGUGAAUUGGAACAAGCACUGGCACUGUGUCUUGAAAUUGAUCAGUCAUUUGAGGACUUGCAUUCCUGGCUGGAAACUAUUGAAAAUGAAAUAGAGCACUGUCCGUCUACUUUCAGCCGACAGCUUGAACUGUUGCAUUCGAUAAUUUCGCAUAAACCGUUGAUGGAUCGUUUUCACAAAAACGUUAGCGCUCUAAGUGAGCUGUGUAGUGCAGAAGAUGAAAUGCAGCUGCAGAAAGUGGCAGAAGGCUUGGAUGAGCGAUUUGCUGCUGCUCGCGAUGCUGUACAGCAGCGAGCCGAUGCUCUUGAAACAGCUAUUGAGCAGAGCAGUCAGUUCACUGAUCGACUGGAUGUGAUCUUGUCAAAUUUAGACGGCGCUGCAAUUCAGGUGAACCUUUUAUAA